UACACUUGUUUUAAUUAUUUUCUUAAAGCACUUUUUUAAAUUCUAGUUGAUUUUCCAUAUAUAUUGUUCUGUCUCUCUGAUUAUAACUUUUAAUAGAUCUUUGUGAUAGAUGAAUUAAAGGUUAGGGCAUUUGAGUGAAUCGAUCCAGUUUCUUAUGUCCUGUCUUUACACUGUACAUCGUACGGUGGAUUCUCUGUCAGAUUUUUUUUUUCUUUUGGGUCUUAUGGAUUAGUUUGGCGAGUUUUUUUCCAUUUUCUUAGUGGAUGAUCGCUUCACCUGUAAUGGCAGCUUCUUUAUUUUAUUUAGUUCUCACUAUAUUUUUGUUAGAUAUCGUGGACUCCCAUUUGAUCGGAUUUUUUUUUUUUGCUAUAUAUUUUUUUCUCCACUUUUAGAGCUAAAUUCACAGUUUUCUGCAGAAUCUGUAUUAUCAAUAAUUCGCAUUGAAUUUGAUAAUGAUUUUCAAUAUCUGUUUUUUUUUGUAUCUUGUGUAAAUACAAGUCGUCGGUGACUUAGUUGUAAUUUGGAAGUUUAUUAGUACUUGAUUUGGUUUGUGUGUGUGUUUUUAUUUUAUUUUUUUAUUGAAGGAUUAGGGAGACCAUGGUUCACUGUGAAAGCUUCUUGUCUUCAAUGAGGGAUCUCAGCCAAGAUUCAAACAAUUGCAGCCGGCUGCCGUCGGGAGAUAAAAAUCAUCAGAAUGGUUUCUCCAUGAGAGCUCCUCCCCCAGAGGAAGCCUCUUACUUUGGACACGAGAGAGAUUUUCUGAAGCAAACCAUGCUUCAACACGAAGCCGUUUUCAAGAAUCAGGUUCAUGAACUUCACCGUUUGUAUAGAACACAAAAGAGCUUGAUGGAUGAAGUUAAAGGAAACAACCGGUCUGAACAUACCCCGGAGAGCGCCAUCAAACGCGACCUUCCCGCAUUUCUUUUGGGAAAAUCGGUGUGUGGUGAAGGAAGCAGCUCCCAAGCUUGCACCGUUCCUAUUACGAAGGACGAGGAGGAGGAGGAGGUUAGACCUGUGAAGGUCAGGAGAAGAAUGAUUGAUCUUCAACUACCCGCGGAUGAGUAUCUCGAUGAUGCAGAUCAUGGUCCUUCUCCUCCUCAAGAAGAAGCUGGUGAAAAGCAGCUAGGCAAUAAUGCUUCUCAUGAUCUGAACGCUUCUUCUUUGGUUAUGAAGACUCCAAACGGAUUAACUGACUUGAACGAGCCUGUCCAGUGCCAAGAUGAUCCUAAUUCUUCCAGGGAUAUAUACUCUCUUUAUGGAAAAAACAUUGCGCAUUCGCAACGACAGUGGUUGGAAAGGAAUUCAAGUCAAAAUGGAUGGAUGGUUCAACAAGUAGGGCAUGGAAAAAACAUUCCAAGAGAGAACUUAUGUGUGCCUUCUUCACAGCCAGUACAAGUUCUUGCCAACCAUGCAUUUGGCUAUCCUUCAACUGAUCAGAGGAAGCUGUUAUCCGGCGAAUGGGAAGCAGCAGCUCGUCAAAGGAAUCCUGAAGUUUCCUAUGACAGCUCAAGUGUGGCAUCAAAUGCUCCAAGCUUGACUAACGGCUACUACCGCCCUGAGCCUAGCAGGACCUGGAGCCAUUGGAUUCCACCCCGGGAGAACCGAAGUAGCAGCAGCUCAGUUCAGAAAUCUUUGCCGUUUCAAACGAAUCCGUUCUUGGGUUUUAAUGCACAACAACAAGCAAGAGCAGCAGAUUCAAGUUCUGAGUUGAGAAGACGUGGUGGCGGCUUUGAAGGGGUUUACCAAGCGUUUAGUUUACCACCAAGCAACCUUAACAAUGGCCCAAGAGAGGAUGGUUCUUUGAAGCAUCAGAGUUUUGAAAGUCUUCAAGGACCAAAAAGGCAGGAAUGGUCUGCUGGAUUGCCCUGGAUAAAACCCAAGCCCCCUAACAAAAACGGACUAACCAACGGCGGUUUUGAUUUGAAUGCUGCUGCCGGUAGUGAGGCGGUUGAUGGCAACAGUUUGAGGUCUUUUUCAUGUUCUAACAACGCCAACUUGGGACAGGUUGAAAUGGCUAAUUCACUGAGUAAUGGAAAGAUUCUUGGAUACUCAAUCCCUCAGAAGCGUUCUAUUAGGGAGUGCAACUCUUCCCUUAACCCUGCUUCUGUGUGUCUCAAGAAAGCAAACACUUUGGUGAAUAGAAACUUCGAUAUCAACUUGCCAUGUGACGCCUCGGCUUCUGAAGAAGUUGUUUUGGACAAGGAAGAAGGUAUAAAAGCUGCCACUAACAUGCACUACAUUGACUUGAAUUUAUGUGCUACUGAGGAUGAAAGUUCCGGCUUGUGUUCUAAACCAAGAGUGGAAACAAGAGCAAAUACUUUAAUAGAUUUGGAAGCUCCUCCAACUCUUGAGAGUGAAGAAGAAGAAGAAGGGGAGAAGAAGAUGCCAGAGAAGAGAGAUGAAGCUGGAGAGACUCUGGAUGAACUCAUCAAGGGAGCUGCAGAAGCUAUAGUCACCCUCUCUCUGUCUCACAACACUGAUGAAGCUGCUUCCUCUACGACCGAUGCAGUUGCUAACGACCCGCUCUCUUGGUUUGUGAACACGAUAGAUUCUUGCGGCAGUGAUUUAGAGAAGAAGAUUGAUGCUCGUGAAGGCUGCUGCCGCGAGGAGUGUUCUUCAGGGGAGUUUGAUUACUUCGAGGCAAUGACUCUGAACUUACCUCUAACCAAAGAAGAAGACUACAUGCCAACGCCUCUAGUCCCUGAACAUCUGAAAUUCGACAGGACGGAUACUGUGGGAACCACGGUUAACAGGCCAAGGAGAGGACAAGCAAGACGAGGGAGACCAAGAAGGGAUUUCCAAAGGGAUGUUCUCCCUGGACUUGCUUCUCUGUCUAGGCUAGAAGUAACAGAAGAUCUUCAAAUGUUUGAGGGACUUAUGAAAGCCACAGGCUACAACUGGAACUCAGGAGUGGCUAGAAGAAGCUCAAACCGAGGUGGGUCUAGCCGUGGAAGGAAACGACUGGUCAGCAACGUUGGCAGAGCUCCUGUUUGUUCUUCUUUGGAGCAGACAAUAGAUAACAACAAUGAUGUACAAAUGGUGGGGGGACUUGAAGAUAGGAGCCUUACAGGGUGGGGAAACGCAACUAGAAGACCAAGGAGACAAAGAUGCCCUGCAGGUACUCCCCCAACUGUUGUCUUAACAUAAAGUUUUAUAGAGGGAGAACAAAAAAAAACAGAGAAACUGAUUCAGCAUUGAAGAAAACAGACAGAUGUUUUAUUAUUCUCAACCAUCCCCAUGUUUGUGGGUAUUGGUUGCCCUUUGUAUAUCUUGUCCUCUCUUACAAGGGCUACAGAAAAAAAAAAGAAUUACAUGAUUGUGUUAUAUGUUAAGAGUGGUUGGUUAUUACAAAA